AUGCAGACUGCUUCUACAAACAUUUGUGAAAGAAUGGGUCACUCUCAGGAGCUCAGUGAAUUCAAGUGUGGUACCAUGAUAGGUUGCCACCUGUGCAAUAAGUCCAUCCAUGAAAUUUCCUUGCUACUAAAUAUUCCAUGGUCAACUGUUAGUGGUAUUAUAACAAAGUGGAAUCAACUGUGAACAACAACUGAGUCACAAAAUGAGCAGGGUCAGCACAUACUGAAGCAUACAGUGCGAAGAAGUCGCCGACUGUCUGCGGAGUCAAUAGCUAAAGACCUCCAAACUUCGUGUGGCCUUCAGAUUAGCACAACAGUGUGUAGAAAGCUUUAUGGAAUGGGUUUCCAUGGCCAA